UUAUGAUUUUCAGGUCCGGAGCCAAAAAAAAUGUAAACAAAAGAAAAAUGAUUCAACGUAAUUUUAAAAGUGAUAAGGAUACGCGCAGGAGGCAAAUAGACACUCUAAAAAUCUUCAAUGACAAUGUUCAGGAGGUGAUUGAAUGUGAAGAGUACACGGUGGGCUUUGAAUCUGAUGGACGUCCUUUCGUGAUUACCGUAUUCCUGGGUCCAUCAUUUCCCAAUGAGAAGCCCAAGGUGGUCAUCUCCCCAUCUGUGGAACAUCCGUGGGUAUUUGGACCAACAGGAGAAGUCAAUGGAGCUCCGGGAUUGCUUAAUUUUACAGCCCAUUCGGAUUUAGGAAGGAUCGUACAAGCUAUAAUUAGGGAGAUGGAAAAAUUCCCACCACAGCUGUUUGGUGUGGGCGAAAUGAUGAAUAGAUCAGGCAAUGAAGCCCCUCAAAUCGACAUUCCACAUCCUCCCCAAAGUGGUGAAGGAUUAAUUCCCGAAUUGCGGAGCCUCACAAUUGAGGAGCUCAAGGAACUGGAUACAGAUCCUGAAUUUCUCGAUGAUUUUGUUGCUGAACUGGGAGCUGUUAAGAACUUGAGAACUGACCUCGACGUUCUUUUGCAAGACAUUGAAAGCAUUGCCAAAGCUAAUAUGGCUCAAGAGGAGAGGAUGACAACACUGCGCGAGGAAGUGAAUAGAAGAAGCAUUGAAUUUCGUGAUUUGGGUGAUAAAUAUGAAAUGCUUUGUGCUUUACAGAAGAAGAAAGCCGAAGAAUUCUCUCCACAGCAUAUAAAGGAACUCCUUCAAAUUGCAGCAUCCAUCUCCGAUUCAGAGUGUGAGACGUGUGCAGAGGAAUUCCUUGCGGGAAAGAUUGAUGUGCAAUCUUUUCUCAACACGUUCAUGGCAGCAAAAAAAUUGAGUGCAAUGCGAAAAGCAAAAGAGGAACGCUUGACGAGUCAACUGGAUUCCCUCGAGAAGCAUUCUCUGCACUGAAAUGCUCCCAUGGGGAAAUUUGUUGUUUUUUAUGGAUGAGGAGAAAUAAAUUUUCUGCCCCAGCGCGUGAGUGAUAAGAAA